UUUGGCCAGCACCUUCGACGUGCCGUCAACGCACUACUUCGCAUACGGCAACGAAAAGCAGAUUUGAGACGAGAUUUGUCUGCACAAGGUAUGGAUGAUGACGAAAUCAAGCACCGCAUCCGUCAAGACAUCUUUUUACCAGCACAGACAUUCAAGCAGGCUAUUUCGCAGCAACCUAUAGAUAUGGAACAAAUCCCUCAAGAACCUAUUUAUAUGGAAGCUCUUAACACUCUUCGGCCUGUUUUUGAUGCUUAUGAUAGAGGCUACAACUUUGGCGAACAGGGACUGUUGUAUUCGGCUUUAGUGUUAUUGAAAAAAGGCUAUUAA